CUGAUCUGCUGUAAACUUCUUUCUUAGGGCCCAAUUCGGAAUCCUUUACAGUCUCGCAAAGAGGGCAAAGGAAUUCACGUCACUGCGGAAUCGGAUUGUGAAAUGCUCACAAAUUCAUCAGAAGUUGCAACGAAACAUUCAUCAUCAUCAUCAGCUCGCUAAUUUCAUCUGGUAAGUCUCACAGUUCUCUGCUCCACGUUAUUCUCCGCUUUACUGUGUGUUUUUUUAGGGUAGAAAAUUUGGUCGUGGGACUCUUUGUGAACUGUUAUUGAUUAUUUAAUGGAAAUGAGUUUUGAUUUUGUGGAUCUUACUGAAACGAGUGAUUGAAGAAUAUCUCUUUGAAUUGUUGUUUUCAGCCGCCAAUUAAGAAUCCGCAACACCAGCUGACCGCCUGACCGGAACCCUUGCCGCAAAAGGAAAAGGACAUGCCACUACAUUAUCUUAGAUCAUUGAGAAGCCCCUCGGUCACCAAGCAGGUACUUGACGUGGGGGGAUGGCGAAAUUUUUCUGCUGGGGGAAAAAAGAAGGGUUCUAAAGGUGGUGGGGCUGCCGAUGCUCCAAAGGAAUCCACUCUCAGUAAAGAGGUCAAAUCCACUACAGUUUUUGGUGCCAAUAUUCUCAAGGAAGGUUCGGACCCGAAAAUAUUGCCAGACUCAGAAUACCCUGAUUGGUUAUUCCAUCUGCUUGAUAAGCGCCCGGCACUAAGUGAGCUAAGAAGGAAAGACCUGAAAACCUUACCUUAUGAAGACCUAAAGCGAUUUGUCAAACUGGACAAUCGAGUAAGGAUCAAAGAGAAUAAUUCCCUCAAGGCCAAGAACUAAAACGACUAUUGACAAGGGUUUAUCAUGUUGUCAGAUAGUUAUUUUCAUGAACUAAAUUUACUUGUUUUGGGGAUGAACAAAGGAGAUGUGCAGGAAUUGAGUGUUUACAAGAUUGUUGCAGUCUUGUGCUGUUUGUAAACCACUGAUCUUGCCUUUCUCAUUGUACUAGCAUAUAAGUUUCUUCUCUGGAACGAUUAGCCGGGGAGAAAAUUGAUUUUUUCCAUAUCCAUUGAUUGCUGAAUCUGGUGUAGUGCAUGCGGUUUUUAUGGGCUGUGAAGCAACCCUCACAAUGUUGCCCGUCUUUAUCAAUUAUCAUCAGUAGUUGUAGAUAUACAGGGCUGCGAAAUGGUGGCUAGGCAGCACCUGCCGGAUGUUCCCUGGUAAGCUUGAGUUUGCAAUAAAAGUGUGUCUAAUUCCUGAAGAAUUGAGCUGUCAAUUCUUCAAGAAUUAUCUAGAAAGACACUGAUCUUUUGCUCACAUCCAUAUGCUUGAUAUAAUUGUCCUUAAUAG